AUGGUGAGGGCCCUCGACCGCUACUCCUCCGGCAAGGAUGUCGCCUACAGCUGUGGAUACUGUGGCUAUGCAUUAAACUUGAGCUCCUCCGCACGGAACACGGCAAACAUUGGAUCCAAGUAUGGCAAGCACAUCAGGAAAGGUGUUGUCUCAUUCUUUGCAAUCGACGAGAGCCGCUUUACACAUACUGACGAGGUGAGCUGCACGCCAUACUUCCAUUCAAGCCGUUCAUGGGGAUUCUUCAGAAAUAGGACGCGAUUGCUCUGCCGGAAGUGCAGUGGUCAUAUUGGUAAUGCUUAUGAAGAUGAGGAUCCCACCUUGUGCGAGGGGUCAGAUGACCUGGACAUGAGCUCCAAGGGCAGCAGCACAUCCCCUCGGAAGAAAUAUGUUAUUAAGAUCAAUGCACUGCAGCCCUCAUCAGACGACUCUGGUGCUCUCUUCUCCCCGUGA